AUGGGUAACCUACUGGGCAAAGAGAAACCUCUGAAGGAGGUCCUACGCGAAAACAAGCGUACAAUAAAUCGAGCAGUGCGAGAGUUGGACCGGGAAAAGACUGGGCUGGAAAGGGAAGAGAAAAGGUUAAUAUUGGAAAUCAAACAAGCUGCGAAGCAACAGCAGAUGGGGACUGUGAAGCUAUUGGCCAAGGAUUUGGUCCGUACAAGGCAGCAUAUCACAAAAUUCAUUGAAAUGCGCAGCCAUCUGCAAGGCUGUGGUCUGAAACUGCAAACGGUCAAGUCCCACCAUGCCAUGGCAGAAGCAAUGAAGACAACCGCAAAGGCAAUGUGCAAAAUGAAUAAAGCGAUCGACAUACCAGCCAUAAACAAAAUGAUGGCUGAAUUCGAGAAAGAGAAUGCAAAGACGGAAAUUAUGCAAGAAAUAAUGGGAGAUACACUUGAUGAUGCUCUUGCUGACGAAAGCACGGAAGAGGCUGAAGAGCAGGUAGUGAACCAAGUUCUUGACGAGAUUGGCAUUUCGUUUGGAGAGGAACUGCCCGAAGCCCUUGUGGGAGCACCUACAGUGGAGGAGAAAACGGGACUUGUGAAGGUAGCAGUCGAGGCAGAGGUUGCAGACACUGCGUUGAGCGAAUUGGAGGCGCGCCUCAACAAUUUGAAACGAUAA